AGGUCUUCUGAGGCAAACCGACUCUCCCCACCCUUCUGCCCGCCGCUGCCAACCUCAUCCGCACACACAUACUUCUGUAAUUCAGCAUUAUAGCUCUCAUAGAGGCCUAUCGGAUUCUGCACCGACUUAUGAGGACUUUUCCGCGACUCAUUAUCUUCGGAAAAUCUCUUUGAAGUUACACGGGGCUUCCCUGCUCCUUGCUCCAGACCAGAAGUGCCAGCCGCAGGACUCGGUUUGUGUGUGAGUGUGUGUGUGUUAAGUGUGUUUCCACUGCAGCCUCACUGCACAGUUUGCUGUCUGUCUGGAGCUACAGGCCCAAGACCAUGUACCAAGCCGUGAGGAAGCUGUUUUUUACGGACUGCCAGUGUGCCGACGAUGCGUCGAAAGUGUACGAGGAGCUGUUCGCCAGACUGGACACCAACAAGGAUGGGAAAGUGGACGUGUCCGAGCUGAAGACGGGCCUGGCUGCCAUGGGUAUCAAAGCUGGGCAAGGAGCAGCAGAGAAAAUCGUAUCCGCCGGAGACCAAGACAAGGACGCCCGGCUCGACUUCAACGAGUUCUCCAAGUAUCUGAAGGACCAUGAGAAGAAGUUACAGCUCACCUUCAAGAGCCUGGACAAAAACAACGAUGGUAGGGUGGACCCUUUGGAGAUUAAGCAGGCACUUGAAGAGCUUGGACUGGAAAUCAGCAAAGAGGGGGCGAGCAAGAUCCUUCAAAGUAUCGAUGUGGACGGCACCAUGACUGUGGACUGGAAUGAAUGGAGGGAGCACUUUCUUUUUAACCCGGCCACCGACCUGCAGGAGAUCAUCCGCUACUGGAAGCACUCCACGGUGCUGGACAUUGGUGACAGCCUCGCCAUCCCAGAUGAGUUCACAGAGGAAGAGAAGACGACAGGUCUGUGGUGGAGGCAGCUGUCAGCGGGAGCGAUGGCUGGUGCCGUGUCCCGCACAGGAACCGCCCCGCUGGACAGGAUGAAGGUGUUCAUGCAGGUGCACUCAUCUAAGACCAACAAGAUCAGCCUGGUUGGUGGUUUUCAGCAAAUGUUAAAAGAAGGAGGCCUGGCGUCUCUGUGGAGAGGAAACGGUAUCAAUGUUCUGAAGAUCGCCCCCGAGACCGCCAUUAAAUUCAUGGCCUAUGAGCAGUAUAAGAAGCUUCUGUCCAGUGAGCCGGGGAAGGUGAAGACCCACGAGAGGUUUAUGGCUGGAUCACUGGCUGGAGCCACAGCACAAACUGCCAUCUACCCCAUGGAGGUGAUGAAAACCCGCCUGACCCUGAGGAAGACCGGACAGUACACGGGAAUGGCUGAUUGUGCCAAGAAAAUCCUGAAGAAGGAGGGAGUGAAAGCGUUUUACAAAGGCUACAUUCCCAACAUUCUGGGCAUCAUCCCGUACGCUGGCAUUGACCUGGCAGUUUACGAGAGCUUGAAGAACUUCUGGUUGUCUCGCUACGCCAGUGAAACAGCUAACCCCGGGAUUCUGGUGCUGCUCGGCUGUGGAACCAUAUCCAGCACGUGUGGUCAGCUGGCCAGCUACCCCCUGGCUUUGAUCCGCACCAGGAUGCAGGCACAAGCUUCAUUGGAGGGCGCAGAGCAGCUGCCGAUGAACCUCAUGGUGAAGAAGAUCAUAGAAAAGGAAGGCUUCUUUGGACUUUACCGUGGCAUCCUGCCCAAUUUCAUGAAGGUCAUACCGGCUGUCAGCAUCAGCUACGUGGUGUAUGAGUACAUGCGGUCUGGCUUGGGCAUUUCAAAGUAGGCAGUACAGUGUCUUUGUCUGUGUCCAUGAGAGUGUAAAAGGAUAUGCAGCAUUUAUUUUUUUAUACCCGACUGUCUAAGUCUGGACUCAAACCGCUGCAGGUUGGAUUCAUUGUAGAGGCUUUUUUAAAAGCGAUCGCAGGACUUUGGCUAAACUUUUGAGCCAUUUAAAAAAAGAAAAAAGAAGAUAUUGUUUACAAACUCCUGCAGCACAUACACAGGGCUUAUUAUGAUUAAUGAGACUUCUACAAUGUUUCCAACUGUGUGCGUUUAAAAUACACGUAAAGAUUUAAGUCAGCCGUCAGUGUCCGGGUCAACUCACUCUUACUUUCUGCAACCAAAGAGGUGGACAUUAAGAAAACCAAAAACACUGAUAGAGGUUAUUUGUGAUUUCAAGGCAUGUUUUCUUUUGUAUAUUUUUUGAUUUGGGCAGAGGUAUCAUGUUUUAUCAGUCAUGUUAAGAAUUGCUCACGUUACAUCACCGCACCAGGAUUAUGUCACAGGUUCCUUCAGUCUUUGACCUAAAAGCACCUUCUUCCUUCAAAAAGCGGAACACUUGGUGGAGUAGACUUUAUCUUUAGCUUCAUCGGGAGUAAGCAGACAGAAAGUGAACUCACAUCUUCUGAACAUUACCACACAUUGAUCUCAACACAUCGACUUACAUUCAGGUGCGAGUGAAAGUUGUUUCACCUCCAAAUCUGAGGAAACUUUUGAAGUGCAGUACGGUGUUUACUCUUCACUCAUACACAUUCUGCUCGGUGCGUUUGGGAAAUGGAUGUCGCUCUGGUGUUGUUGCCUCCACAAAGGUCUCUUUUUAAAAAUAUAUAUAUUCCAUCUUUAUUGCACCUUUUGGGUGAAUUUGGUGAACAGGAGAAUAAUGUGCCUUAUAUGUUGUUUCUCUCCCAUACCCAUUUUCUUGCCUUUUUUCCCCCAAUAUUUGUUUUAGUUAAUGCUAGUGUUUCCGUUUAUUAAACAUUUGAAUACAAAA